AUGAUUUCGGAAACAACAGAAAGCAAAUUCGUCUCUGAUGAGCUGGGCCCAAUGGACUCGCGGCAGGUGGGCGAGAUCCACAAUGCCCCAGCCUACAAGCAUGAUGCCGUCUUUGGAGAAAUCACAGAGGAAGGCCCCAACUAUCGCAAUGUGGGAUGGCUUGGGACAGUUGCCCUUAUGAUGAAGACUCAGAUCGGCCUUGGCGUCCUCUCAAUCCCCGCUGCCUUUGAUGCUCUAGGGUUAGUUCCAGGCGUGAUCUGCCUGUGUGCUAUUGCUGUCAUCACAACGUGGUCGGAUUACAUGGUCGGUGUCUUUAAACUGAGCCAUCGCGCGGUGUAUGGUAUCGAUGACGCGGGUGAAUUGAUGUUCGGCAGGAUUGGCCGUGAGUUUCUAGGGAUUACAUUCUGCCUUUACUGGACUUUUGUUGCGGGCUCUGGUAUGCUCGGUAUCUCGAUUGGCUUGAACGCAGUCUCAACUCACGGUACAUGUACUGCCGUCUUUGUUGCUGCAGCCGCGAUUAUAGGUUUCGUCCUUGGUAGCAUCCGUACGCUGGGCCGUAUCAGCUGGCUCGCAUGGAUUGGACUGUCGUGUAUACUCACAGCGAUCUUCACCGUUACUGUCGCCGCUGGUAUCCAAGACCGCCCAGCUGCUGCGCCGCAAGACGGAAUCUGGGUGUCUGACUAUAAGAUAGUCAACAAUCCCAGUUUCACUGAUGCCGUUUCUGCGGUUUCCACCAUAGUCUUCGCCUACGCGGGUACACCGGCAUUUUUCCCCAUUGUUUCUGAAAUGCGUGAUCCAAAAUAUUACGCACGGUCACUCAUAGUCUGUCAGAGUGGGGUGACUGCCAUCUACAUUUCAAUUGGGUGCGUAGUAUACUACUACUGCGGGUCCUAUGUCGCUUCACCCGCCCUUGGCUCCGCUGGUCCAACCGUGAAGAAGGUCUCUUAUGGCUUCGCUCUUCCAGGAUUGAUAGUGACUACUACCCUUGUCAUACACAUUGCGGGGAAAUACAUAUUUGUCCGUGUUCUUCGAGGCUCCAGACACUUGACCGCCAAUACAUUCACACACUGGGGAACCUGGCUCGGCUGUACUUUGUUCAUUGCCAUCAUAGCUUACAUUAUUGCCAGUGCCAUCCCCAUUUUUGGCGGUCUUGUAUCGUUGAUCGGUGCGCUUCUCGGAACUCUCAUGUCAUUCCAGCCGAUGGGUUCUACAAGGCAUCAGGUGGCUCAGCUUCCUGGUCAUGCGCUGACAAUUCAAACUCUGCCUGAGGCUGUGAAAAGUCUUCAACCACCAUCUGCGAUUCUCCUGUGA